AUGGAUUUCUUAGACGAUCUCGCCGAUCUCAAGUGCCACCUGCUGGACGACCUUCAUAGACGACCACGCCACUCCUCAGCGGCUUCCUCCCAGACGACAGCCUUGACAUUCUCUCCAGUCACCACGCCGCCCUCCACCAUCUGUUUAAACAAGAACACCGCCUUCCCGGACGACCACGGCGCCCGCCAGCGUCGCCUCCCCGGACGACCACGGCGCCCACCAGCGCCGCCUUCCCGGACGACCACGGCGCCCGCCAGCGUCGCCUCCCCGGACGACAACGGCGCCCACCAGCGCCGCCUUCCCGGACGACCACGGUGCCCACCAGCGCCGCCUUCCCGGACGACCACGGCGCCCACCAGCGCCGCCUUCACGGACGACCACGGCGCCCGCCAGCGUUGCCUCCCCGGACGACCAAGGCGCCCACCAGCGCUGCCUCCACGGACGACCACGGCGCCCACCAGCGCCGCCUUCCCGGACGACACAGCGCCCAUCAAGUCGCCUCCCCCGCCCGCCAACGCCGCCUACCUGGACGACCACGGCGUCCGCCAGCACCGCUUCCCCGGACGACCACGGCACUCUCCAGCGACGCCUCCCUCGACGACGACGGCGCCCGCCAGCGCCUCCUCCCCGGACGACCAAGGCGCCCUGCAGCUCCGCUUCCCCGGUCGACCACAGCACCCUGCAGCGUCGCCUUCCCGGACGACCAAGGCGCCACCUUCCCGAUCAUGGCGCCUUGCAGCGCCGCCUUCCCGGACGACCACGGAGCCCUCCCGGACGACCACGAAGCCCUCCAGCACAUUCUCCCUGCACGACCACGGCGCCCUCCCGGACGACCACGCUGCCCUCCAGCUGCGCCUUCCCGGACGACCACGCCUCCCAUCAGCGCCGCCUUCCCGGACGACCACGCCGCCUACCAGCGCCGCUUUCCCAGACGACCACGCUGUCCUCCAUCUCCUUUCUGGACGACCACGGCGGCCUCCCUCACGACCACACCGCCCAUCAGCGCCGCCUUCCCGGACGACCACGCCGCCCAUCAGCACCGCCUUCCCGGACGACCACGCCGCCCACUAG